UCCUCCAAAGUGAUUUAUCUGCUCAGGGGCACACAGGGGAUAUGCUGCAAGGCUGAGCAACAAACCCAGGACUCCAGACUCCCAGUUCUGGCCUUUAAAGCACUAGGUGAUACUUUUCUAGGAGUCCUGAGAAGGGCUUCUUGCAAACUGGAGCAAAUAGUAGCAGGUGAUUUGAUACCGUGUGUGCGUGUCUCUUUAAGAGGGAAGCACAUGGUGGGGGAGCAGGAACAAAGGCUGCCUGUGCAGAGGGCCGGGCUGCAAGGAAAUGGGUGACUCUCCGCAGGAUCUGUUGGAAAUGGAAUUUGCAUCUAGGAAGAAACGGAUGCCUCUGAGAAGCAUUAUUUUUAAGGCAUGGAGAUACAUGAGUUGGUGUGAAAGGAAACUCUUAAAGAGAGAGGAAGUUGCAGUUGCAUACAGCAGCAUCAAGUGUUCGGAUCCAGGAGCAAUAACAGGUUGAACUGAGCGUGGAGGGGCUUUUCCCCUUGCUUCUCACCCCUACAAAAUAAUCAGGACCUUAGUGGGGAAAAUGGAGAAACAAUUCACAACGGGUCAUUUUGAAAAUGGCCUGCAAUGGCACAUCCUGGAUCUUGUAAGCACCUAAAACAAAAGGCUGGAGAUUCGGAAGACAAGGCGGGAUGCUGGAUUCACUUCUCUCUGUGCGCUCUGGAUUUUUGUUGGAAAUCUUGGAUAAGGAUUUGAGAUGACAUUAAAGAAAAUGCAUCUUUCUCCUGCAGCAUCAGUUAUAAGGCAGAAAUUUCAGCCUGAAGACUUUAAGAAGUUCACUCCUUUCACAUCUGUGCUAUAAUGGGUCCUUAAAGUAAUGCUGAGACUGUACUCAGAAAUAGAAUAAGGAAAAGGAUUUGGAAAACUCGGAAGCCUUCCAAAUAAAAGGAUUUUGGAGGUUUGCGUAUUCCUCUUUGAAAAAAGGAAAGGAAGGAGAAAUGGAAUCGAUUUACUUUGAACACAGCUGUGGCCUGGAGUUGGGUUGUUGUUGUUGUUGUGUAGAUUAGUAGUUAAAUACCAUGCUCUCUUGCAAAUAUCAGACUUAAUCCACUGCUGCCAGAGAUUUUCCAUUGUCCACACUACAGCAAAUAAGGGUUUUGACCACAUGUCUAAAAUGCCAUCUCUCUGAAGGUCUUGUAAAGUACCCAGUGACUAUAUAUUAGUGGGGAGAAGAUAUGGCCUUAAUUUGUGGUUUUCCUGCUUGGCCAAGUGCCACUCCAAUUUCUUAUCCCCGUCUGGUCUGCCGUGUACCAUACACAGAGAUUGGCCACCCCUAGCAUGUGUGAAUUGAGAAUCUGGAAUUGAGAUUAACGAACAGUAGCUGAGUUACCUUACAUCCAGAAUUUAAUCUGGAAAGUCCACUUUUUUGUAUGGUGUGGGGGUUCUCCUCCCCCCCCCCCCACGGCACUUAGCAUUUAUUUAGGGUUAGGUUGAUGUUUUCCAAUUUGUUUUCAGGAAUUUGGUUUUCUUUUCACACCAUAAAAAAAAAAAAGUAAAUAAAUACUUUUCUCUGGAGGGCUGCCACCCCAGCCCUGCUACAAGGUGUGACUUGUGCAAACAGAUGAUAAAUGGCUGAAACAAUGGGAGACCUGGGAGUGGUGUCUGAACAGCAUGUAGCAGUACUUGAGGAAAUUUAGGUGUGGAUCCCUGCAGCUAGGAGGAGAGGAAGUUGUGCUUUCGGUACAAGUGACGGCUGCUAAUCUGGGACAUUCCCUUCUCAUUAAGAGUUUGGCAAUCACUUUUGAGUAUCUAGCUGAACAGCAGUAUUAAUAAUAAGCAACAUUAUCUCUGCCAUUUAACCGUGAUGAACCUCAAGAUGCGGGUCCCCAAAUAAAAGCAUUUUCUGACAAUCUACUGCUGUUUGUUAAUAUUUUGGGUGGGAGCGGGUGGGGGAGGAAGCAUUUCUCUCAUAGCCAGGCUUUUCAAACAUGUUCUGAAUAUUUUUAUUUAAAUGGGACUUGAAUUGGGACCUCAACACCUCAUUUUCUUAAGCUUUUUUGAACACUCGAUCCAACCACAAACCCAUGUCCCUUUUUUUUUUUUUUCCCUCUCUGUAUAGCACCCAGCACUUUUUAAAGCAGAAAAAUGCUUUUGUUUGAAAAAAGACAUUCAGCCUUUCUUGCAACCUAGCUGCUUUUUUUUUAUUUAAUUAAAUUUUAUUUUAUUUUAUUUUAUUUUCAUUCCAAAUGCAGCAGGAAAGGUAGCAAUUACAUUCAUUUGGUCGAGCAGUUGGUUUAAGACACUUGCUGUUAUUUCUGGUGCUGAUUUUUUUUGGGUUGGCCAGCGGCUGCUCUGGCACCAUCUGUACCAGGCCCCUUGGUUUUGAGGCAGUUUGUGGAUGGGUCAUAUAAUUUAUAUAUAAUAUAAAAAUAAAAUAAAGCCCAGGCAAAGGCUAUGGGGGGUAGCGAAAUAUUUCUUGGGGUCUCCCUGGCAGCUGCUGUAUAUAUAGAUAUACGCACUCUGUGUGCACGUAUAUAUAUCACACACGCAGCGUAUGUCUGUGGUAGCUGCGUGUAUAUACACAGGGUCUUCAUAAAGUCCGUGUGCACUUUUAAACGUUAAUAACACGGUGUGUGCACGUUGGAGGUGCACGUUUGAAGCACGUGGGUGGGUGCGGGUGCCGGUUCGGUGCCGUUCCUGAGGAGGACAUUGGUGCCAGAGCCGCCCCUCAGCCAGAGACAGGGCCGGCGUCUCGGCUCAAACCAUUUCUCUUGAAGGGAAACGUGGGGAAAGCGGCUUAUUUGAAUCAAACAUCCGGAUGCGAUUUCUUAGAGGGAGCUGAGGGUGAACUGCCUUUAAACCCUCGUGUUACCUAAUGCACUAAUUACUCGGGGAAACCUAAAUGAAGUUGCCCGCUUCAGAAUGGUACGGUCUGCCCCCCCACCGCUGAGGCGAGGAGGCAGCGCCUGGGCAUGAUGGCGCCAGUGGGUCCUUAGAGGCUGCUGCCCCAUUUCCCCCAUUUUUUGCUUUCUCCUUGCCACCUCAACGUUUUAGUGAUGGUGUUCCUUCAGGAAAUGACAGCUUCCAGCUCUGUCCUCUCAAUUUGUGCACAUUCACCUCCCUUUUAGAAAAUGGUGGCCACCCUGUGACAGCUCGCUAUUUGAACCCAUUGGGCAGCCUCGUCCCUCCCGGCUCCAAAAAACCCCAGCGUGGCGCCCUGCAGGCCCUGCGCUGGUAGGCACCAAGGCCACGAGGGACUCCCUUACUUCACGCCUCAUGUCAAGCUCGCGGCCAUAGUGUUGUUUAACUCCCAGUCAGCAUGGAUGAGGAGCGGCCGGCGUCGGGCCCCAAGUCCCAAUAGCGGCCCCAGAGGAAAGCCGGGUUGCGUUCCCACUGUGCAUGUCACAUAUAUAAAAAUAACCAAUAUUGGCACCUGUGGCAGAGGGGAAAAGGCCUGUCAACACAAUAGGAUCUAAAGGUUGCAGCUAAGUGUUGGAUACGGAUGCGCUGUAUGACUAAACACCAUUAGUUUGAUGCACGGGCGCAUAUAAAAACCCUCUGUCGGCUCUUGGGUGACUGCCGUGGAGGUGGGCUAAGCCCCCAACAUACACCAUAUGACCAUAUCCAGGUCAUACACAUGACCUGGAUAUAGCUGUUUUAAUAAUGAUCGAUUUUACCCUUGAAACUCAGUUAUAAAUGACUUGCCCAAGUUCACCACGUCAAUUGGGGAGGUUAAAUAGUGGGGGUCUGAAUCCCCAUCCUUUCGGGUGUAGCAUGGGCAUCCUGAUUCCCAGUCACCUUUAAUAUCUCGGUGUUAGCGCAGGUGCAAUCUGUGUGGGCACAGACAGUGCCAUUGUGCAUCGGCAGAAGUAAAAUCCCAGUGGAGAACGUGCCUUGUCACAUCUGGCAGCUGUGCCGUGAAGUCGGAUGCCCCAUGCCCGUAAUUCCCUGAGAAUCGAAAGUCUACCUGCUUUGGCCAUCCCGGCUUGAACGUUUGCUUUGCUUCCUAGGUUUGCCGCGGGAAGGGGCAGAUUCCUUUCCGGCGGCGGGUGUUUAAUUUGGAGUCGAGACUUCUGCCGUUGACUCCAUCGAAAUGGCCGUGUGCGAGGACACCCUGCUGUGCAAUUACCGCAAGUGUCGUGUCAAGCUCUCUGGCUACGCUUGGGUCACAGCUUGCUCGCACAUCUUUUGUGACCAACACGGUAGUGGGGAGUUCAGUCGUUCACCGGCAGUCUGUCCGGCCUGCAACAGCACCCUUUCCGGCAAGCUAGACAUUGUCCGCACUGAGCUGAAUCCCUCUGAGGAAUACAAGGCCAUGGUGUUGGCCGGCCUGCCGCCAGAGAUUGUCCUGGACAUCAGUUCUCGUGCGCUGGCCUUCUGGACGUACCAGGUUCACCAGGAGCGCCUGUAUCAGGAAUAUACCUUUAGUAAGGCUGAGGGCCACCUGAAGCAGAUGGAGAAGGUGUAUACCCAGCAGUUGCAGAGCAAGGAUGUGGAGCUGACCUCCAUGAAGAGUGAGGUCUCCUCCCUGAAGAAGGUAUUAGAGGAGUACAAGAAGAAAUUCAGUGACCUCUCUGAGAAGCUCAUGGAGCGCAACCGCCAGUACCAGAAGCUCCAAGGCCUUUAUGACAGCCUCCGUCUACGCAACAUUGCGGUGGCUAAUCAGGAGGCCUACGAGCCACCCAUGAUGCCCCAGCCUGCCAUCUUUGGCUUUCCAUUGAAUAAGGGUAAUGCAGGCAGGCUGCCUGGGGAAAUCACACCAGUCCGGGGCAGGUGCGGCGAGGGAGACUUCCCCUUCAAGCCCUUCUUUGCCACGUCCCCUCCUGCAGGCGAACCUGGCAACAGCUUCUUCGCUUUUGCUUCUCCUACCAACGAGCUGGAGUCGCAUCCUGGAGCCAGCCGGGCCUUCAAGAUGAAGCGGAUGUAACUGGCUAUGUCCUGCCUCUGAGAAAAUUAGCUCAUCCAGUGCUGCAGAAAGCAGAAACACUCAUUGUCUAGGGCUGGCAUAUUUAUUUUAGGAGUUGCAAUGCCCUGCCACACCGCUUGUUGUCGGCAAAUUGUCACUCUCAGGCUGUAAUGCUGGUUGAUAUCUUCUGCCGGUAAACUUCUCUCCCUCAUGGGUGUCCCCCUCAGCUUGUAAAACUGAUUCACUUCCAGGCUGUAGGAGGUCAUUCAAUUAUUCACACAAUUAAUCACACACUGAUUAUUUUUGGCCAGCUACAUGCGUAUCUGAGAGAGAGAGUGUACUUGUGUGUGUGUCUAAAUGCGGGUGCAGAUCUGUGAGGUUGUAUGUAUUAGGGUGUGGAUGGGGAAGAGGGAAUGUAAGUCUGUGCCUGAGUUUGCUUGUGCACAUGUGUAAGUCUACACAGGUGUGUGUUAUCUGCAUAUGGGAAAUCAGCGUGUGUUUCAACCCCUGUCUGCACUUUGGCUUGUUACAUAAAUAUACACAAUAUUGAAUCUGUGGCUGUGUGCUAUAUGGUUAUUUGCAAGUGAGGAUAUUUAUUAUCUCAAGGUGUGGGUGUGCACAUUAUGAUAUGCAAUGGGCAUGCUUUUAAGUGUGCAUGUUUCAUAUACAGUUGCACAUAAAAAGUGUGUAUUUCCUGAUGUGAGCUUGUGUGUACAUGUAGGUGCAUAUUUGCUUUAUGUCUUUGCUUGUCUCCAAACCCGUGUGUGGGUUUCUCAGUAUGUUAUCCAGUGUAUGCAAAUCUACUCUUUCGGCUACCCCCCAUCCUGUCUUUGCAGUACUUAUGUUAGUUAAUUUCCCCCCAAUUAAAGUUCAACUGCGCACUAAUUUCA